AUGUUGCAUGCAGCUCUCGAAGCUUACGCCUUCGUUGCGUAUUUCUAUAACAUGCGAAAAUUUUGGUCAGAUUUCGAUUUUGUCGUGUUCAAUAGUAUCCUCAUAGGUCCGUUAUCGAGUGUCGUUUAUCGUACUUACAAUUUCCCAUACAACCACAAGAUGGUCAAGGAGUUGCAUAAAAGAUUUUGGAGCCUGGACCAAAAAUAUCCGUUACAUUCGAAGCAACUGAGUAUCAUUCGGAAGCAUAAUGUCUUUUUAAAUACCAUCAGUACGAUAGUUGUAGUUCUAUUGACGAUCUGCAACUUUGCGCUUUUAUGCACGCCUUUCUUGCUCCAUUAUAUUUUGAACAUUCCUUUGCAACUACCAAUGCCAUUGCUACUUAUUGAAAUUGAUCAUAACACGACAGUUGGUUUUAUUCUUAACUACAUUUACCAAACCAUCACAGUUUCGUUGUGCAUUGGCGCCUUUGCAGUAAUACAACCGUUGAACAUCAUGUAUACGGGCUUAGUUUCCUGCAUGGCGGAGAUUUUGCGAUCAAAGGUAAAGGAGUUUGAGCAGAUUUCAUUGAUGAACGAAAGAAAAACUAGUAGAAAACUGAAAGCUGCAUUUGCGGAACUGGUUGAGGAUCAUAUUGAAAUCUUCAAUGUAGCUGAUGAUGUUGAAGGACUUCUGAGUUUUCAACUUUUUCUGGAUAUAACAAGCUUUUCGAUAUCAGUUUGCAUCGCUUUAUUCUAUGCUCGUCUUAGAGGAUGGAUUCCUGGAUAUGUCUUAUCUCUUUUGGUAGUUUUUGUUGGAUUUUUGAACCACUUUUUGGGAGAACUUUCCUCGAUGCAAUUGGAAAAGUUGUCGUUCGACGUUUACAGUGUAUCUUGGUAUCGAAUGAGUAUUUCAAUGCAAAAGUCAUGGUUGAUAUUUCUUCAAAAAUCUCAAACUACUCAAUUGUUUUCGUGUGCUGGAUUGAAACCUGUUGGGAUUGAUACUUUUUCAUCGGUAACAUAA